AUGCCUGCGCGAGACUCAUCGCGGCCCCCCCGCUCACACCGACCUAGGGAACGAGACAGAGACAGAGAAGGAGAUCGGGAUAGAAGCCGACGACGAGAUGACCAACGAAAGAGGAAAUCAGGAUCGCGACGACCAGCUUCCGGGUCUGAGGACACUCGGGAUAGAAGUUCGAGGACAUUAUCAUCACACGCUUUAGCAGACCUCGAAAGAGAGAAUGCGCGUCAAAAGAAACGAAGUGAACGCGCAAGUCGAGACUAUAGAGACGAGUCCCGAAGACCAGAACGACGACGUGAUGAACACCGAAGAAGAGAUCGAGAUCCCGAGAAGCCGCGAACUCAUGGCAGGAGCAAGAAGAAGAGAGUUGUGAGCGGAGCCGUUAUGGAAGAGGGACAAUCGAGGGCGCAUCUAAGAGGCGGUGGGGGAAGCGUCGAUACUAUUGACAAGGAGAAGGACUUCUACCUAUCAAAACCACCAAAGAAGAGCAAGAAGAAGCUUUGGAUUGCACUUGGUGUGAGCGCUGUCGUCCUGCUUAUCAUCAUUGUGGUAGCAGUUGUUGUCAGUAAGAAGAAAGGCGGUGGAGGAGGCGGUGACAGCAGCGAUAGCUCAGACGAUACAACCGAGGAUACUUCAGAUUUGGAUGGGAUGGACCGGUCGAAAAUACCCGAGAAGUGGCGGAACACAUAUCUCGACCCCUGGACAUGGAAAUCAACAACCGACUUCAACCUCACAUUCACAGACGAAAUGGUUGGAAACCUGCCGAUCAUGGGUCUCUAUGAUGAUUGGGACGACUCAGCUCAAGCCAACGAGAAUGUGCCUCCGCUGAACAAGCCUUGGGGCUCUUAUGGCAAAAAGCCUGCUCGUGGUGUGUGCAUUGGUGGAUGGCUUUAUCUGGAACCUUUCAUCUCACCAUCUCUUUUCAAUUACGACACGAAGGAGGGCAUCAUCGAUGAGUGGACACUGUCCGAGAAACUAGGCUCUGAAGCAGGAAAGACACUGGAGAAACACUACGCAUCGUUCAUCACAGAGCAAACCUUUAAGGACAUACAAGCAGCAGGUCUGGAUCACGUCCGUAUUGGUUUCAACUACUGGGCCGUCGAGGUCUAUGAUGGCGAUCCUUACGUGUACCGAACAUCCUGGCGAUACCUUCUGCGUGCCAUCGAGUGGUGCCGCAAGUACGGGUUACGAGUCAACCUGGACCUACACGGUAUUCCUGGCAGUCAAAACGGAUGGAACCACAGUGGCCGAUGGGGUUCUAUAGGGUGGUUGGACGGAAAAGAUGGCAGCGAGAAUGCAAAGCGAGCGCUCGAGAUUCACGAACGACUGUCCAAGUUCUUCGCCCAACCCCGCUACAAGAACAUAAUUACUCACUACGGUCUCGCCAAUGAACCCCGAAUGACGAGUCUGAAAACAAGCGACGUGGUCCAGUGGACAGAAGAUGCAUAUAAGAUUGUGCGCAAGAACGGCGUUAAAGCACUUGUGGUCUUUGGAGAUGGAUUUAUGGGACUCGAAAACUGGCAGGGCUUGAUGACUGGCUACGAUGAUAUGGUCCUAGAUGUCCAUCAGUAUGUCAUCUUUAACGAGAACCAGAUCGACUUCACACACAAGAAGAAGGUUGAGUAUGCCUGCAAAGGCUGGACUGAGCAGGCCGAGAUCAGCAUGGAUCGUUCCACGGGAUACGGUCCUACCAUCUUUGCCGAGUGGUCUCAAGCCGACACAGACUGCGCAAAGUUCCUUACUGGAGUUGGCUGGGGUACUCGCUGGGAGGGUACAUACGAUACAGGAAACAAGGACUCGUCCAUUUUGGAACCUCGAUGUCCUACCAAGGACGACAAAUGUUCCUGCCGCGGCGCCAAUGCUGAUCCUAGCGACUGGAGUGACGAGUAUAAGAAGUUCCUCAAGAUGUUUGCCGAAGCGCAAAUGCAUAGUUUCGAGAAGGGCUGGGGAUGGUGGUACUGGACCUGGAAAACGGAGAAUAACCAUCAAUGGAGUUACGAGGCGGGUCUUAAGGCUGGCGUACUGCCCGAGAAGCCCUGGGAUCGUGAUUUCAACUGCGACAAAGACGUUCCCGACUUUGAGAAGAUGGGCUUGCCAGAGUAUCUUUAG